ACACACACACACACACACACACAACCCCCAAACUCCAUUUACGACCAUUAUGUUGCCGAUCGUAUUUCUCUCCACUUUGGUGGCCUCCGCUACUGCAGCGACCACCGCCAGCAACUAUACUUUCCCUGAGGGAUUCGAUCUGAACCAGGUGAAACCCGCGGAUAAGUCUGCCUGGUGUCAGGCCGAGCGGAACGCCUGCCCUAAGAUCUGCGGCGGAGUUGCUGAUAAGAACACUUGUGACCCGCAAACUCUUGGUUUCACUUGCACAUGCUCCAAUGGCACCGAUGCUGACGUCGCGCCUUACGCGGAAACUAUCCCCUUCUUCGUCUGCCAGGAGAACUACCGCCAGUGCAUCGACCGCUCUACUGACCUUGACGGCGACGAGAAAUGCAAGGAGGCCCAAAGCCAGUGUGGUUCGAAAAAUGCGUCCGAUGCCUCUGGCUCGUCUUCAUCGACUAGUACGACCACGUCCUUGCCUACCUCGACUGGUUCUUCGGGGUCUAGCAAAAGCGAAAGCUCAUCCACUGGCACCGCGACGAGCAGUGGCAGCACAAGCAGCACUACCGCUAAUGCCGCUGUGCGCAUGGCCCAGGACCAUGCCACGGGUAUCUUGGCAACGGUACUCUUUCUGGGUCUCCGUCUCGUUCUGUAAGAUGGUAGUUUCUGGUAUCACUGCACGCACAUAGCUUGAUCGAGUUCUGACUAUGGAAUGCGCCACUGCGAUCCUUCUCGAAAAAAAAUUGUGCUUGAUGUUGUUUCUCUCCUAUCUCGCUUUGCGUCUAUGACCUACCGUAUCGUACUAUUCCCCUGUUUUCAUGUCGCGGUUAAUGAGCUGUAUCGUUCUGUGCGUGCUUUUAGUCGUUCCUUUCACGAGUCUAGUUGAUGAUACUCCAUAUGGAAGAAUAAUAGUCGUUCUUUAAGA